AACAGGGGCACAGCCCGGGUGGGAUGGGAGGGAAAGGCCUAUAAAUGCGCUGCAAGAGAGCACAGCAGCACCCAUCUCAAACCGAGUCGAACUGAGACUCAGACCUCCCUCAAACCCAUCGUUUUUUUUUUUCAUCUCUCCUGGAAUCUCACCAUGGACAUCCCCAUCCAGUUUCCCUGGUACCGUCGGGCCUUCUCACACCGGCUCUCUGACCUCUCCUUGGCAGAACCUCUCACUGAUUGGCCCUUGAUCUGGCCCUUCUCCUGGUCCUUCCCCUGGAUGCGCCCUCUGUUCAUGCGCUGGUUCAACUGGUCCGACAAUGGACAGAGUGAGAUGCGCAUCGAAAAGGAUCGCUUUGUCAUUUAUCUGGAUGUGAAGCACUUCUCCCCCGAAGAGCUGUCUGUCAAUGUCAAUGACGAGUACAUCACAAUACACGCCAAACAUGAAGACAGACAGGAUGACCAUGGCUUUGUGUCAAGAGAGUUUCUGAGGAAGUACAGGCUUCCUGCCGGCGUGUCAGGUGCCGACGUCACCUCCAGUCUGUCGUUUGAUGGCAUGCUGACCAUCACAGCACCUCGGUCAUCUUCUGGCACUGAGCGCAACAUUCCUAUCGCCUGUGAAGAAGGAACACAGAAACAGAAAAUGUAGAGCAGAGCCUGACGCUCCAGACACAGUUUCACUACUAACCCCAAGUGCUGACCGUUUUUAUAUUUAACCUGUCACAGUUUUGUUGGGAGUUCAGUACACAUAUAGGUAGGGCAUGUGUCUCGAUAUCUGUGAGUGCAAGUGCCUUCUAAUAAACCAGUAUCUAACUCCUAACUCCCUAUUAUCCUGAUGUCUCUGCAAGACAACCAAAGAUUAAUAUGUUGAGCCUAUGUAAGCAUGUCUGAUUGACAGCACACUUAAGUUUUUCAUAGACACACUGGUGCAGGAUAAUGAACUACUGAGAGUUAAUUUCUCGAUCAAAAGCCUAUAGAAUCACUCUUUAAACCAUACGCCUGUGCCAAAAAUAUUGUAAACGGUGCAUCAUGUAAUCAUAAUUUGAGAGGCAUUUCCUAUCUUCAUCAGACAUUUGUUGUUGUAUGUUAUACAACAUACAAUGUCAACACUGGCCCUGCACUUUAGUGACAAAAUUAUAAAAAUUAGUCAUAUUGAAGCUUGCAGCACCUGUUAGUUUUACAGGGAAAUACUAAAAAGUCAAUCUAAGGGAGUGGAGAUGUAAAGACUUCCUCUCAAAAUUGUCUACUGGAGAUGAUAACAGACUAAAAUUGUGUAACUUGAUUGUAUCAACAGUACACAGUACUUUCAGAGUGGGUAUGAGUAAGAUGCCAACUGUGCUCUGUUUAUUCUUCAGGAAUAGUGUUGGUUUCUGUAUGUGUGAGGAGGAAGGAGUUCUCUGGAGGCAUAUGCAGUCAUUUUUAGUUUGUUCACUGAAAAAAAAAGAAGCCAGCAAAGGACUUGGGACCAGGUGUGUAAUCUGUUGAGAGGAAGAAAAAAGGGUGAAUGAGCGGGAGGGAGUAGUAAUGGACAAGGGAGGAACCGAUGUUUGGAGACAGACAGCUUUUAUCACAGGGCUCCUUCUCCAGUGGGGAGCAUGGCCUCUGAGCUGCUAAGAACAGUGUGAGUGUGACUGUGUCUGUGUGAGUGUGUGUAAGUGACUGCAUAUGUGCUUAUGCAAAAAUUACACCUCUAUCAUCCCUUUAUGUUGGCAAAAAAAAAACAAACCCUCUGGCACAUUGACACAGGAAACAGAAUAAACUUUGAAACUCAAAA